CACAGUAGUCUGACAAUGCUAUAUUUGUCAUCAGUAGUGUUAUUCGUCCACACGUAUGUUAGCAGCUCGGCUAAUGUUAGCUAACGGUAACCAACUAACGUAUGCUAACUGUAAGCUUAGCCAACUUAUUACCUGUGGUGGACGUUGACUGAUGUACUGCAUUUGAUAAACAAUUGAGUGCUGGGAAUGCAGCCACCACUCCCACCUGAGGCGGUCAGAGAGCUGGUGUGCUCCUGUCUGCACAGAGACCCAGUAGCAGCAGACCUUCGCCUCAGCCUGUUUGUUGCAGCUGCACAGAACUACAAGAGGGACUCUUUGCUUAGACCCUUCCCUCCUAGAUACACAUGUGGUGACGAUAAGGACUUUGAAGAGCUGUUGGCAGAUGUGAAUUCUUUGCCUGGUGUGAGAGAACUGGUGAGACUACGACCUGGACAGGGAGAUCAUCAUCUGUCUCUAACACACUGGAUUCUCUCUUCAAAGAGCUUUGCUGUGAAGACGCUACAGAAAGAUGAGUUUCCCAAACUUUGUGACUUGAUGGAGCAUGAAGGGAUUUCUGCACCUGUGCCAGACUUCCUCUUUGAGCUGGAGUACAGUGAUCAGAUGAAUGCCAGGUUUGAAAAGACAAGGGCAGACAGAAACGUCUUCUAUGCAUUCCAUGGCAGCCGUCUGGAGAACUUUCACUCAAUCAUUCACAACGGUCUGCAUUGUCACCUCAACAAGAACUCAGUGUUUGGAGAGGGGACCUACCUCACAAGUGACCUCAGCAUGGCUGUCCUCUAUAGUCCCCACAACAGCAGCUGGCGAGAAAGCCUCCUGGGCCCGCUGCUCAGCUGUAUUGCCUUGUGUGAAGUCAUUGAUCACCCAGAUGUCAAGUGCCAGGUCAAGAAAAAAGAUUCUGAAAUCACUGACCGUCGGCGCUCAAGGGCAAAGAACAGCGAAGGAGGGGAUGUACCACAGAAAUACUUUGUAGUCACCAACAAUCAGCUUUUGCGAGUGAAGUACUUACUUGUUUACUCUCAGAGGAGGCAUCUGUCCAGACGUUCCCACAGCACCUCCUGGCUCUUCAAACACCACUUUGCCAUCAUGAUGAGUCUCUACCUUCUGCUGCUCAUAUUCAUUGGUGCCUUUAACUCCGCCACUUUUCUAUCCUUUUGGAACAGACUAUUCAGGUGACAAGACAACAGGACAGACGGCCCAGAUGUGCCUUCCUGAUCAUAGACUGACUGGAGGCCUGAGCAAAGACAACAUUUAUGCAUCUUUAUACUGUUUUCUUUUUACAGUUCUUUUCUUUAUUUGUACAAAAUAGUGAUGUUAUUCCAAGACAAAAAAAUCUUAUCAUAUAGCGGCUAACAAGAUCCUAUUGUGUAUUAAUCUGUAAUAAGACCGGUCUGCAUUUUAAGAAUGUCAUGCAGUGUUUAAUUUGUAAUUUCUAUGAUUGAGUGAAGGUUGAGAUUUGUAGAUAAGCUCAGGAGCUGUGUAGUUUCAGUCCUUUUAUUAAUCAAAGUGAGGAAAAACUGCACAUUCAAAAGUCAAAGAGCCCUUGUGACAUGAGUUUUUUUGUUUGUUUUUGAGGUCUUAAACACAGGACACAAACUGACUAUACUGACCCAUUUUGCCUGAUUGGCUGUUGAGCAGGCAAAAAAUACACUGCUCCCCUUUAAGUGCUCACUUUCAGUGGUAUUGCUGUUCUACUCAGGUGUUUGGAAAUGAAUGAUUUGGGACUGUUCAUGUCCUGAUAAAUGUAACUGCAGAAGAUUUAAUGAAGGAAAACUCAUUAAGUCAUUUUGGUUGUACUGACAUUUAAAGUCAUGGGUCAUAGAAAGGCCACUGAUAAACUCACUCUUAAUUAUUUCAGAUGUACUUUUUAUCUUUAAAGGACUUAUGCUGUAUAUCCUCUUAAAAGUGAACAGGUUCUUUAUCUGGUGAGGUUUUUUUUGACACUAAUAAAAUUUACAUUUGAUUUAAGUAGUUUCAAGGGUUUGAGUGCAGUUUGUUGUAAAGUUAAUUUACAAAAUAUAUUUUCCAAAUGUAGUGUUUGACUUUAAAUGAUUGCUUUGCUAAAGAUCUUUAUAGCAUCUCACAUUAUUCUGACAUGCUGAGAAUAAUCAAAUAUCUGGAGUUGCUUCCCGUACACUUUAAAGGUCAUUCUCUCUUUAUAAUCUCUUGUACUUCUCUGUUCCAGGGUUUGUGCUGUAUUCAGACAAUGACAUGCUGCCUCUGACAGGGGCACAUUUAUUACAGCUGGACCGUAGACAGUCCUUUGUUAUCCGUUGUUUUUAUCAGUUAAAAAAAAAUGAGAAGGAUAUAUGGGAUUGAUAACGGAGGCGGUUUGCUUUGUUGACAAAUCCUGUUGUUCUAAUAGAUAAUAUACAUGAUAUGCUGAUGUAUAUGUACACACAAAUGUACAAAAGGAAGGAAAUCUGGGUAGUUUUUGUAGUUGCAUUGUAAAAGGACAUUAUUAACUGAAGUAGUUGCAUUUGUGAAGCUUUUCCAUGAAGUAAAACUUUCCUGGUUCAUGUAAAGUGCAUACAGCAGUUUACAAUUUCUUUAAAGGCUGUCUAAUCUUUG